UGCUUCAGCUCCAGUGGAUGAUGAUGGGGCUACAUUUCUCCACAUCUUAACAUGUUACAGACUCAUUUCUUCUUUUCUCCAUGGGUUGAAAUCGUUUCCGCCACCUAUAUACAUUAGGACGAACGUGUAAUAAUAUUCUUUCGAACUAGUUUGUGGUAAACGCGAGUGGAAAGGGUCGGAUCCGUGGCCGUUCAUCGCUACCGUUGUAUUUUAAAAUGGCUCCAGUUCAAAUCGGUUCGGACGGGCAGCUGGUCCCCGCCGGGGGUCCGACCUCAGCCCCGCAGCCUCCGCCGGGAGCCCCGGCCACUCAAGGAGUCCGGCUGAGCCUCCUGAUCGAGUUUCUGCUGCAGCGAACCUACCAUGAGAUCACGCUACUGGCUGAGCUACUUCCUCGAAAAACAGACAUGGAAAGGAAAAUUGAAAUCGUUCAGUUUGCCAGUCGGACACGGCAGCUCUUUGUACGUCUCCUUGCUCUUGUGAAAUGGGCAAGUAAUGCUGGGAAGGUGGAGAAAUGUGCGAUGAUCUCAUCAUUUCUGGAUCAACAAGCCUAUUUAUUUGUUGACACGGCUGACCGACUGGCAUCACUGGCCAGGGAUGCUUUGGUGCAUGCACGUUUGCCUAGUUUUGCCAUCCCUUUCGCCAUUGAUGUACUGACCACAGGGUCUUACCCACGUCUGCCCACGUGUAUCCGAGACAAAAUUAUUCCUCCCGACCCUAUAACCAAAGCAGAGAAGCAGACCACGCUAAAUCAGCUGAAUCAAAUCUUGCGACACAGACUAGUCACCACUGACUUGCCCCCACAACUGGCCAACUUAACUGUGGCCAAUGGGCGAGUAAAGUUUCGAGUUGAGGGGGAAUUUGAAGCCACACUGACAGUGAUGGGGGAUGAUCCUGAUAUCCCUUGGAGACUUCUUAAACUAGAGAUUCUAGUUGAAGACAAGGAAACUGGAGAUGGACGGGCAUUGGUACACAGCAUGCAGGUGAAUUAUAUCCAUGAGUUGGUGCAGUCUCGACUGUUUGGAGAUGACAAGCCUCUUCAGGACAUGUACAACUGCCUCCACUCAUUUUGCCUAUCACUGCAGCUGGAGGUGUUGCACUCUCAAACUCUGAUGUUGAUCAGAGAACGGUGGGGUGAUCUAGUGCAGGUGGAGCGCUACGUCCCUGCCAAGUGCUUCACUUUGUCUGUCUGGAAUCAACAGGUCCUGGGUAGAAAGACUGGCACAGCACCUGUGCACAAGGUCACCAUCAGAAUUGAUGAGACAGAUGGAUCCAAGCCAUUACAGAUCUCCCAUGAGCCUCCACUCCCUGCCUGCGAUUCCAGAUUAAUGGAAAGAGCCAUGAAGAUUGAUCAUCUCUCGGUUGAAAAGCUUUUGAUUGAUAGUGUACAUGCCCGCUCGAAUCAGAAACUUCAAGAACUCAAAGCCAUCCUAAAAAGUAGUAACCCUAGUGAUAACUCCUUCAUAGAGACUGCACUGCCCACACUAGUCAUACCAAUACUGGAGCCCUGUGGCCGAUCUGAGUGCCUCCACAUAUUUGUCGAUUUGCAUUCGGGAAUGUUUCAGCCAAUGCUUUAUGGAGUCGAUCAGUCAAUGUUGGACGAUGUUGAGAAGAAUAUUAACGAUGACAUGAAGCGCAUCGUCACAUGGUUACAACAGCUAAAAUUCUGGUUGGGUGAGCAGAGAUGUCGACAGUCUGCGAAACAUCUUCCCACACUGUGCACAGACACUCUCCACCUAUCUAACUUAACCACGCAUCCUGUGGGCAACCUGUCAAAACAUCGCCUUUUCAUCAAACUCACCCGCCUCCCACAAUACUAUAUUGUGGUCGAGAUGUUUGAUGUGUCCAACAAUCCAACAAAGCUCUUGUAUAAGUACUACUUCCUGUCUGUGAGUCAGAUUGAGAGUGAGGAUGCACUGCCUUCUGCUCAGCUGCUGCAGCAGUUUAAGCCCAACCUGGAGGAGCUUGUGCAGGAUAUUUCAUCUGGACGAAUGGCUCGUCCAGGGGCCAAGAGGAAGUUGUCAGGAGAGCAAAGUGCCAUUGAACCAAAGAAACCCAAGAGGUCAGGAGAGAUGUGUGCCUUCAAUAAGGAGCUGGCCCACCUGGUGGCCAUGUGUGACACCAACAUGCCUCUCAUCGGAUUACGCUGUGAGUUAUCCAAUAUGGAGAUUCCUCAUCAAGGGGUUCAGGUCGAAGGAGACGGCUGUAGCCAUGCCAUACGUAUUCUGAAGGUUCCACAUUGUAAGGGAGUGAGUAAGGAAACGAGAAAAGCUCUGGAGCGCUCCCUGCUGGACUGUACGUUCAGACUACAGGGCCGGAAUAAUCGCACAUGGGUGGCAGAUUUAGUUUUCUCCAGUUGUCCGCUCAACAGCACAGCCAACAAAGAGCAAGCUUCCACGCGGCAUGUAUACCUGACUUAUGAGAAUCCUCUUUCGGAGCCGGUGGGUGGCAGGAAGGUGGUGGAGAUGUUCCUGAACGACUGGAACAGCAUUAAUCAGCUUUAUGAAUGUGUGCUGGAGUUCUCACGCGCUUUACCUGAAAUGCCCUCCUAUUUGAGCCUUUUCUCAGAGAUACGGCUGUACAAUUACCGAAAGCUGGUUCUGUGCUAUGGCAACACCAAAGGCAGCUCGGUGACGAUACAGUGGAACUCAGUAACCCAGCGUUACCAUCUGGCCCUGGGGACUGUGGGGCCCAAUUCAGGCUGUAGCAACUGUCACAACAUAAUUCUUCACCAACUUCAAGAAAUGUUCAACAAGACACCCAAUGUAGUACAACUUCUACAGGUCCUCUCAGACACUCAAGCUCCUCUAAAUGCCAUCAACAAGCUACCCACAGUGCCUAUGCUGGGUCUCACCCAAAGGACCAAUACAGCAUACCAGUGCUUCUCCAUCCUGCCUCAGUCACCCACUCACAUCCGUCUGGCCUUCCGCAACAUGUACUGCAUUGACAUCUACUGCCGUAGCAGAGGUGUGGUGGCUAUCCGUGAUGGGGCCUAUAGUCUUUUUGACAAUACCAAGAUAGUUGAAGGUUUCUAUCCUGCCCCUGGACUGAAGACUUUCUUGAACAUGUUUGUGGAUAGUAACCAAGAUGCCCGCAGACGCUCGGUCAACGAGGACGACAACCCUCCCUCCCCGAUAAGCAUGGAUGACACCUUCAUGACGCAGCCUCCAGGCAGAGGGGUUUAUCCACCCCUCACAUCGCCCCCCAACCCGUACCAUGUGCCUCCAUCACCAUCCAUGAUAACAACACAGUCUCCAGGAAACAUCCACGCAGCCAAUUCCCCUGGCGUAGCACUGCGAGCACCUUCUCCCUUUGGGCCCACCCCUUCUCCUUCCUCUCUGGGCAUUUCUAUGGGGCAGACCUCCAACUUUGCUAGCCCACAUGCCUCUCCCGGGGCACGAAUCCCUGGCAUGUCACCAGGCAACCCUUCUUUGCACUCACCUUUUCCAGACCCAUCCCACUCUCCUCGAACUGGUACCAGUUCACAGGCAAUGCCUGCAUCCCUUAAACUGCCACAGCGGUCCUGGGCCGCUUCUAUUCCCACCAUCCUCACCCACAGCAAACUACAUGUGCUGCUUCUGCCUUCACCCAUGCCAUGCCCAGUGCCAGGGCUGGCGGGCAGCUACCUGUGCUCACCUCUGGAGCGCUUCCUGGGUUCUGUCAUCAUGAGACGCCACCUACAGAGAAUCAUACAGUUAGAACCCAAUCUUACUAUUGUGAACUCCAACGAACCAGGUGUCAUCAUGUUUAAGACAGAAGUGCUUAAAUGUAGAGUGGCUCUAAACCCCAAAACCUACCAGACUCUGCAGCUGAAAGUCACACCAGAAAACACUGGACCCUGGUCGCAGGAGGAGCUGCAGGUCCUGGAGAAGUUCUUUGAGACCAGGGUUGCAGGACCACCCUUUAAAUACAACACACUAAAUGCCUUCACAAAGCUGUUAGGAGCUCCCACCAACAUACUCAGAGACUGUGUUCGCAUCAUGAAACUGGAGUUGUUCCCAGACCAAGCGGCCCAGCUGAAUUGGAAUGUGCAGUUCUGUCUGACCAUCCCACCCAGCGCUCCUCCCAUUGCCCCACCAGGAACCAUUGCUGUGGUGCUUAAGACCAAGAUGCUCUUUUUUCUCCAGCUGACCCAGAGGCUACCGGUACCCCAGGAGCCCAUCAGCAUCAUAGUGCCUAUUGUGUAUGACAUGGCUACUGGACUGACCCAGCAGGCUGAUAUCCCCCGCCAGCACAGCUCUUCGGGAGCCGCGGCCCUGAUGGUCAGCUCCAUCCUCAGGAGGUUCAAUGAGCACCAUCCACCACGACAAGGAGAGUGCACAAUAUUUGCAGCGGUUCAUGAGCUCAUGGCUAAUCUCACGCUGAAUCCUGGUGGACGGCCAUAACUUCGUGUCUCUUGGGAAAUUUCACCAGACUGAUCAGUAAAUCAAUUCCGCUCUAACUCAAGGGAAAUUCAGGUUUUCUGCUGCAGCCAAUGGACUCUUCUGCUGGUGUAUCAUAUUGUCACAAAAAGGAGCAGAAAUAUGAUGGAACUUAUUGCUGUUUUGUAUUAUGAAGCAUGUAAAUGAAUAAUUGUGACAAAAGCAGGACUUCUUUUUUUAAAAUAGCUUGGCAAAGUUCUGCUAACGGAUUUAUUUUUUUCAGAUGCACUUCUUGAGGAAAUUAUUGUGAUAGAAAAAAUGUUUAACUACAGCUGUAUUUUUUUUUUUAAUUUGAAGCUUUGCAGGAAAAUGAUUGUUUGUUUUUUUGUAAUACAAGAUAUCAGUACUGUGUACGUAUUGUUUUCUUUAUCAGCACACUAUUUAAAUGUUUUGUUU